AUGGUGAAAGCACCACCUGAUCAUCAAUCUCUGAUGGCUGUCGACGGCCAGGAAUCUUCGUCUAUCUUAUUCAAACCGUUGACUUCUCCAAGUCAACUUCCAAUUCAUUCGAUGCGCAAAAAAAUUGUUCAAACCGUAUUUAGCAAUGAUUGUUGUAUUUUUCUUGGUGAAACUGGAUGUGGCAAAACAACUCAAAUUCCACGAUUUCUCUACGAAGCUCGCGAAAAGAAACUGAAACAUAUGAUGACUAAAAAAUCUCAACGAAAUAAAUAUUUGAUAUGCUGCACUCAACCGCGUCGUGUUGCUGCGAUAUCCGUCGCUGAGCGCGUCUCGAGUGAAGUCAAUCAAAAAUGUGGCGAGUUAAUUGGCUACAGUGUUCGUUUCGAUGAAGCAAUUAGUCGUCGAACGAAAAUCAAAUACAUGACUGAUGGAAUGUUAUUACGUGAAGCAUUACUCGAUCCAUAUCUCCGACAAUAUUCGAUUGUGAUUCUUGACGAAGCUCACGAACGAACAUUGCACACCGAUCUUCUUUUUGGUAUUGUUAAACAAGCAUUAAAUUAUCGCAAAAAUUCAAAAAAGAAUCCGCUACAUGUUCUUGUGAUGUCUGCAACGAUGAAUGUGGAUUUAUUUUCAAAUUAUUUUAAUCAAGCACCUGUCUUAUAUUUACAAGGUCGACAAUAUCCCAUCGAUGUGUUUCAUGCUCAAGAACCACAAACGGAUUACAUCCAUUCAACUUUAGUCACCUUGUUUCAAAUCCAUCGAUCAACACCAUUGAACGAGGGAAUACUAAUAUUUCUUACCGGACAAGAUGAAAUCGAUUCGACAUGUAAAAGUAUCAAACAAAUUGUUGCUAGCGGAACCGAAGCAUUAGAACCGAUUAUUGUCUUACCAUUAUAUGCAAAUAUGACAACUGUCAAACAAAUGCUUGUAUUCAAACAAACAUCGGAGAAUAUUCGAAAAGUGAUUGUGUCGACAAAUAUCGGUGAAACCUCGAUUACCAUUCCGGGUAUUCGACAUGUGAUUGAUUGUGGUCGUGUGAAAACCAAAAUUUUCAACCCGCAAACCGGCCUAGAAAUAUUGAAAGUACAGCACAUUUCUCAAGCACAAGCAUGGCAACGUACCGGACGAGCUGGGCGUGAAUGUCCAGGAACAUGUUAUCGCAUGUACACAGAAGAAGAGUUCGAACAAUUGCCAUCGACACCCAUACCUGAAUUACUUCGGUGCAAUUUAGCAACAGCUGCCUUACAGAUCCUCGCUAUGGGAAUAACCAACAUUUCGGCAUUUGAUUUUCUCUCUAAGCCAGAUGAGAAAUCAAUAGCUGCUGCUCUGCGUGAAUUGACCUAUCUUCGUGCAAUUCAAGCCUCGACUGACAAUACAUACGAGUUGACUAACGAUGGAAGAAAAAUGGCUUGUUUUCCACUCGAUCCGAAGUUGUCAAGAUGUUUGUUAGCUGCAUCUGAUCUCGAUUGUCUAGAGGAGAUGUUGAAAUUGGUUAGUAUAAUGAGUGUCGAUACGAUUUUCCUCACGUCGUCGAACCUAAAUGAAAAAAUGAAAAUGCAACGGCAAAAAUUUACGAUGAAUGAAGGUGAUCAUCUUACAUUGUUGAACGUUUAUAAAAGUUUCAUAUCCAAUAAGAAAAAUAAAGAAUGGUGUCAAGCAAAUAAAAUCAAUCGACGGAAUCUUCUACGAGCAUGUGCGAUACGAAAACAAUUGAGACGCAUCUGUAUUGAGUUGCAAUUGAACAUUAAAUCUUGUGGAACAAAAUAUCGUCUUGUUCGGCAAGCACUUGCGCAAGGAUUGUUCAUGAAUGUUGCCGAAUAUUUUAAAGAGAACGACUAUCGAACUAUUAAUGAUCGUCAUAUUGUGAAAAUACAUCCGAGUUCAGUAUUAUUCGGUGCUAAACCGUCUUUAGUUGUAUUCACUGAAUUGAUUCAAACAACUAAACGAUUUAUACGAGACAUAACAGUAGUGGAACCGGAAUGGCUCAUUGAAAGCAAUCCGGACUAUUUUAAAACUCGUCUUUCUUCUAAAUAG